AUGGCCUUUGAUCAUGAAGAAUUUUGGUUACAACUUCAUCAGUUGCCAAUGGCGUUUAUGAAUAAGGAAUGCUGUAUACAUAUUGGCAACUCAGUGGGAAAAAUUAUCAAUGUAGAUGUUCCAGAGGAUGGAGUGGGGUGGGGAGAAUUUCUUCGGAUUAAAGUGGAAAUAUGCUUAACGAAGAAAAUUGCUCGAGGAAGGAUGAUUAAUGUACGAGGCAACCGAGAGUGGAUUCCUAUCCAAUACGAAAAGUUACCCAAGAUAUGUUUUAAGUGUGGCCAAAUUGUGCAUAUUUCGGGUAAUUGUUCAGGUGAAGGGGGCAAGUCUUCUGAGACAGAAGGAAAAACUGCUCAGUUUAGGCCAUGGUUACAUGCUGAUGCAUUACAAAGGAAGAGAUCUAAUGUACAUGCAGAAGGGAGUUUUUUCAGGACUGGAAAAAAUUCUUCAAGUUCGUGUUGGAGAACAACAUAUCCAUUACAGUCGCACAACGCCGGGGGAAAUUUGAAAUUUAAUGUAGAUCGUAACGUGCUUGCGGAAGAUAAUGGUGAUAGCGAGAAUCAAGGGGAGCGGUUUCAUCACAUGUAA